CGCCCGCCCACACUCUCCCAAACACCUCGCAUGACCUCCCGUUCCUCUCCGCCACAGCUCCAAGCUGGAGUAGUAGGCGAAGCCACCAACAUGGCAAGCAACAGCUCAACCAAUAUCUCGCCAACACCCACCGCAGGCGCCGGACCAAGCGCCAAGAGCGCAUCCAAGCAGCCACGAAGCCCUCCGCCGCAGACACCGACUGAAACCCGAAAGCGAAAGCGGUCGCCGCCGACCCCGUCGACGUCGCCGCCGCCGCCCACAAAGUGCGCUCGCCCGCUACGCGGCGGCUCGUCGCCGUCACCCACGCGCGCUCUGCCCGACACUCCGCGCGCCGCUGCGGCGGCGCUCGGCUCGUUUGCCACGCUGGCCCCGCUGCCAUCGGUCGCCACAGACUCGGCCGACGUUCUCCCGGUCCAGCUCCGCACCCUGUGGAACCGAUUUCUCGCCGCGCAUUACUUCACCUCGUCGCACUCGGUGCCGGCGGCCGUGGACGGCGGCCCGGCCUCGACCGUCACGGCCGGCAAGGCUCCGCGCCUGACGCCGACCCCGGGCUGGCUGGCGGUGUCAUCGUCGGCCCACGGCUCCGACUCGGCACCCGGCGCGGCCGCAGACUCGGCCGGUCUCGUCUCACCCCCACAGCGAUCGCUGGGCCGCGCCUCGUACUCGCCGGUCCCACACUCGCCACCGCACUCGCCGUCGCUCGUCUCGCGUGCACCAUCGGCCGCCGCCGCAGCAGCACCUAUCUCGGCGGCAGCAGCGGCAGCUGCUGCUGCUCACCGUGCGGUUGCCAAGUCAUCGCACGACGUUCUGGGCCUCAAGACCCUUGCCGAGCGGGCAACUCCGGCACAACUCGACUUUUGUCUGCGGACGCAACUGCUGCGGCCAGACCAUAUCAUCACACUCUUUGAGCACGUGCCCGAGCCGACCAAGGCCCAAGUGCUGGAAGACAUCCUCGCCAAGGCGCCGACAGUGCCAUUGGCCUCGGCAUCUCAGGCCGACUCGCCCUCGGGUUCGGCCUCGGGUUCGGCCUCGGGUUCGGCCUCGGGUUCGGCCUCGGGUUCGGUCUCGUCGAGCCUCUCGCCCGAGCUUGUAUUCAUGACCGAGUCGGACUCGGACGAUCCCGAGGCGACGCUGGCGCUUGCCUCGGCGUCCCAAGAGCAGAGCCUCGUGCAGGCGCUGCCGUCGCUUUCGCCACUGGAAACGCUGGUAGCAGUUGCGGCACUCUCCUCGGUCAUCUGCGUCGAGUUUGGCAAGGCGAUUGUGGCCCGGCUGUCGCGCGGGCAGGUGCGGAUGGCGCUGCCGCUGAUGUCAGAGACGCUGGUGGUUGCGCUGGGCGACCUUGCGCUUGGGCGCGCGCCGCCGCCGCCCGGCACCCAGGUCAAGUGGUCGAUGACCGAGCUCGAGCAGUUUGUCCCGCUCAUGUCAGUCGAGCAGCUGCUUGUGCUCACCGCUCACGCAGCGACGACCAAGUCCAAGCUCCCGCUCGACGUUGUACUCUCGUCGGCUUCGGCGGCGCAGCUGAGGGCGCUGGCUUCGCUCACGUACAAGCUCAUGCACCCGUACUACGGCAAGCCUGCAGCGGCCGGGCGGGUGACGCUCGACGAUGUCCGCGCGCUUGCUGGCGCCUUUGACGACCUCCGCAAGGCCAACAACCGGAGGGCCCAGCUGCUGCAGGUCCAGGGCACCGGCAUCCACACGCUCGGCUCGGCGAUGGCAGCGAGUCGGGUGCCGCCGCUGCCACCACCGCCGCCGACCGACGAGCGGCCGGUCGUCGACUUGCCGGCGCUGGCCGUCCAUCUCCUCCUCGCCGCGGACGACGCAGGCGCUGCCGUACGCCUCCCAGUCGACGCCACGGUCCUGGCCUCGCUCGCCGGCGUGCUACUGGCCAACUUUUGGUCGCUCUCGCGGGCGACACAGCGGCAGGUAGUCCAGCUUCUGGACAGGCCUGGUCUGGAGAACGUGAUUGGCAACGUGCCAUGGCACGUCGCCGCCGUCUACUCGCUCCUCACGCCACUGCAGCGCAACUCGUUUGUCUGCCUCAUUGCGCCCAAGCGCGACAUGCUCCAUUACCACGCGCUUCGCAAGGACGAGUCUGCGGCCAUCCUGCGGUCAACGUCAUACCUCGAGCUUGCACACUGGAUCGAGAGCGCGAGCCAGCCAGAGCUGGGCGUCUUGGUGGCGUCGAUGAGCAUCUACCAGCUCCGCGCAGUCCUCCCCAUCAUGUCGUGCGGCCAGCUCCGAUCGGCGCUGCCGUCACUCUCGCCGACCGGCCUUGAGUCGCUCGGCCGGUUCGCCGCAAAAGGCCGGUUCCUUGCCGACCUCCACACCCAGCUCCUCUCGCCGGCCGAGGCGCUCGUUGUUGUCGGCUCGUUUGACCUGGAGCAGACCAUCCUGGCGCUCACCCUCUUCUCCAACGACUCGACGCAGCUAGCUACGGCGAGCAACGGGCUCGGAUGGCCGCCGCUUGUCAAGCGCAACCUCUUUGCCGGCCUCUCCGCCCUGCCUGUGGGCCACAUCAAGGACGCGCUGGUGGCGUACGCGCUCCCGCACUACAUGGUCGAGGCGUGGAUGCGGCGGAUCGAGCCGAGCGCGGUCGACGCAUUCCUCGACGAGUUUGUGUCUGAGGAAGAGGUGUGGGAUCUUGUGCUCUCACCGUCGUUUGGCUCGCGGGCCGAGUUUGAGGACAAGGUCUUCAAGUCCUCGUUUCUGCAGCUUGUCCUUGCUGCCCGGGUCGGCGUCCUCACGCCGGAGCUCCUUGCGCGCGAGGUCUCGCUCUCAAUCCCACUCCUCGACCGGUUGGAGCUUGUGCUCUUCACCUCACCCGAGGCCCGCAAGAUCGUGGUCCGAAUGCUGCCGACAAACCACCUGCGGAAAGCGCUCUUUGCGCUCACCGAAGACACGCGGCCGCACAGCUCGCCGUACUCUAAGCUUGCGCGCAAGCUGAUGCAGCCGCGCAAGCUCCUCGAGCUCUUUGUCUCGUCGAUGACGGUGUACCAGCUCGCCCACCUGCCGCGGCUCGACGACGCCGGCCUUGUCCAAGUCAUUCCGCUCAUUUCAGACGUGCAACUCUGGUCAAUGGCGCGCGAGUUGGCAGUGGCCAAGCUCGAGCCGAUCGCCAAGUACGCGACGCCGAGCCAACUGCAGACGCUCAUCUCGUCGAUUCCGCAGCGCAAGCGGAGGGCCUCGCUCCCAACCGACGUUCACAUCUCGCUGCGCAACCCGGUGGCGUCGGCGUACUACAUCCAGGACAACCAGUACUCGGGCUGGGAGCUGGCCAUUGCCAUCUCGCUCGCCGACUUUUGGCCGACCAUGCGCGAGAUCCUCUCGGUCCUCCUCCCACAGCACCUUUUCUACAUUGUGCCGGUGCUCUCCGACGAACAGCUCGCAGACCUCCUUGCUGUCGUCCACACCGAGCGCUUCCGCUCGGUCUCGCAGCGAAUGACGCCUUCGCAGCGCUCCAAGUUCCUUACUCCACUCCUCGCGUCGGUUCACGAGUGCGACGCCACGCUCGCCACCAUCGAGGCGCAGAUGGACGCGCUCGAGGCGGCGCUCGCCGGCCUCGACGUCGCCGCCCCCGAGUCGGCCACAGAGUGGCCGCGGCUCCGCACCCGGUUCUCCACCCUCACCGCACAAGUCCACAAGCUCGUCGGCAAGCUCCACAAGGUGGCGGCGACCGCAACUGACAUUGACGGCCUCGCUGAGUCGAUGGCCCGAGCCAACGCUGCCGCCCGCCGCACCGCCCACCUCCCGUCGCGGCCCAACAACCUCGGGACGCUGCUCGAGAAGGUCAAGGGCGCGUUUGCCAUGGCUGCCGCCCGCGACGCCGCCGCGCGUGGUGUCGAUGAGUCACGUCUGCCAGACUCGGAGCCGGCGUACAUGAUUGUCGGCGGCCAGUUUGGCCGGACCAACACCUCGAUCAAGGAGCUCGGUCUCGCCUCGUUUGAGGAGCUCCCGGUCAUCGGCCUCGAUACGGUCGGCGACCUGCGGGCCAAGAACAUCCACACCGAUGUCGACCUCAUGCGCUUUGUGGCCCAGCCCGCCGUCCAGGCCCUCCUCCAGCGCUACCGCCGCGACCGCGGCGUCCCGCUUGUUGUUGAGACCGAGCCGCCGCCCGAGCACGCCGCCCACCCGGUCCCGGCCCUCCCGCCGCCGCCCCUUGCCCCGCUUGCACCCUCGGCCGCCGCCGCACCAGCCCCCCAAGCCACCGGCGCGCCCGCACCAGCCCCGCACCCGGCCGCCGCGGGCCCGUCGCCCGGGCCCACUCCGAUGCCAACCGCCGCCCGACCCGGAGGCUCGUCACCUCCGCCAUCGUCAGGAUUGGCAUGAGGGUAAAGACCUGUUCCCCCAA